AUGGAAGGAAGCAGAUCAGAAACUUCAGCAGCUGAAGCAAGUGAGGAAAUAAUUUACACUUCUGUAAAAUUCUCUCAGACACCUCUGCCAAGAGCCAAAGCUGCACAGGGAAAAAGAGCUCCCUGCCGGCAGCCAGCAGUUGUGUCAGGCUUGGCUAUAGGCUUUGGGAUACUCAGCCUCUCCCUGGCAGCUGCUUUGAUUUGGAAGCUGAAUGACUCCCACUCAGGCUGCCCUGAGCAGUGGGUGGCCUACAGAGGGAGCUGCUACUCCUUCUCCAAGCAGAAGAGGGAUUGGUUUUCGGGCCAGAAAUCCUGCCGGAGACAGGGAGCUCAUCUCCUGGUGAUCAGCGAUAGCAGUGAAAUGGACCUGUUCAAGAGUAUUCAGACAGAAUGUUUCUGGAUUGGGCUGAGGAACAGCACAGGCUCUGGCUGGACUUGGGAAGAUGGUUCUGUGUACAAUGGCACCAAGAUACUUUCUAACAGCCCUGUGCAGCACUGUGCUGUCCUGAUGAAAGAUCAUCUUCAAGCCUCCAGCUGUGAAUUCCUUGCUCCCUGGAUCUGUGAGAAAUCCCUUACCUAAAUCCCAGCUACAUUUGCAUCUGAUAACCAUCAUUGGAUCGUUGUCCUGCAAACCAAAGGUCUACCCAAGGCCAAGGACUUUCCCUUUCCACACCCUCACAAAGGUGUUCUGCAGGGACAAGUUUGUUGUCCUCAGCAGUAGACCCAUUCUUAGUCCACAUCUGCUGGAUUUCUCCUGGUUGUGACCUGAGGAGAAUUGUGACAUCUUGGCCCUAAUCUUUCCUUAUUUGUCCUGUAAGGGCCAACACAAAUGUUGUCAGAA